AUCACACACACAGCCUCUUCACAUAGUAGCAGGUUGAAUCCAAGUUCCAAUCACUUUCAGUCACUCUUCCAGAUCGAAAAGCUCCAACACUUCCUCCCACAAAUGGCCAAGCUCCAUAAAUCACAGCCCUCGCUUUUUGUCGACCCCGUCUAUUCAUCAGCAAUUACACUCCUCAUCAUAGUUAUGGCGUGCGCGGAGCUCUGCGACGCUGUCACGGUGGUCGACGUGUACCGCCUUGUUCAGUACGAUCUCGCCGGCGUGCCUUUCGGGUCGCGGUUCGCCGCCAUUAACCACCACGCCGGCUCCUCGAUGUACUCGCCCUCCGCUGCCGCGGCAGCUGAUCUUUCCCGCUCCGUGCUUAUCCUACCUGUCCGCGAAUUGAAUUUCACUUUCAUUAGAGAUUAUAUUGAACAGAGGAAGCCAUUAGGUGGUCUCUUACUUCUACUUCCCCAAGUUUUUAACCCACAACAUUUGGACGAGGUUGGUGGGUCUGAUCAGGACUCUGCACACGUUAUUAAGGAUAUGAUAAUUAAAGUGGAGCGGUUGCUUGUACAUCAAAAUAUCCCUUAUCCUGUUUACUUUGGUUUUGAAGAUGAGCAUGUUAAUGCUAUGCUUCAUGAUGUCAAGAAGAAUGAUGCUGCUGGUCAGCCGGCAACUGCGACAACUGGCGGAAAUUAUAGUUGUGGUAUCUCUUACUUUUGGUUGUCAGUCAUGCUUAGUGUCCAUGCUAGAUACAAGCUUGUAAUUGCUGCACCAGAGCCCAAGAAAGUUGCUUCUCCUUCCAUUAUAAAUAUUCAGGGAUGGCUUCCAGGAUUAAAAACUGAUGGAGAUUCUAAUCAACUACCUACUAUAGCCAUUGUGGCAUCGUAUGAUACAUUUGGAGCUGCACCAGCAUUGUCUGUAGGAAGUGAUAGCAGUGGUAGCGGUGUUGCAGCACUUCUGGAAAUAGCUAGAUUAUUUUCAAUUUUGUAUUCAAACCCUAAGACAAGAGGAAGAUAUAAUUUACUCUUUGCCAUGGCAUCAGGAGGACCUUAUAACUACAAUGGAACUCACAAGUGGCUUCGUAGCAUGGAUCAGCGUUUGCGUGAGACCAUUGAUUAUGCUAUAUGCUUGAAUAGCAUUGGCUCUUCUAGCAAUGAGUUAUGGCUUCAUGUGUCCAAGCCUCCAGAAAAUGCCUACAUAAAACAAAUAUUUGAGGGUUUCUCUAGCGUGUCGGAAGAAUUGGGGCUAAAAGUUGGUCUGAAGCACAAGAAGAUCAACAUCUCUAAUCCUCGAGUGGCAUGGGAGCAUGAGCAAUUUUCAAGGCUGAGAGUCACGGCAGCAACUCUCUCUAAACACUCAGUUGCGCCCGGUUUCCUGGAGAGCACUGGCAGCUUAUCAGAUAACAGAAAUUUCAUCAAUGAAGUUUCGCUAAUUCGAAGUGUCAAAUUAGUUGCUGAAAGCCUUGCAAGACAAAUCUAUGGUCAGCAGGGAAAAAAUGUUGAUAUUCUUGCAGAUCAUAGUAGUUUAUCCAUAAAUCCUUCUUAUAUACGUUCAUGGGUAGAGAUUUUGUCAACAACACCUCGAGUGGCUCCAUUUUUAUCAAAAGAUGAUCCUCUUAUUGUGGCAUUUAAAAAGGAAUUAUCGGAGCACACUAUUGAAGUGAAUGUACAGCAGGAACCAUUAGAUGGGGUGUUCACUUUUUAUGAUUCAACUAGCGGCAAGCUACAUAUCUAUCAGGUUGCAAGCGUGACUUUCGACUUGCUUUUGCUGCUUGUUCUGGGAUCAUACUUGAUUCUGCUUUUCAGCUUUUUGGUUAUCAUCACCAGGGUAUGA